CUCUAGAUUAUCACACACUCAUUUCCCUGUAGCUGGAGAACCUGGAACAAGCAGAGAGCUCAGUACAAGGAUCACAAGAAGGCAGCCAGUUACACAGUAACACCUGGAGCUCAGUCUGCAGCUCACACUCAGCAGGAUAGAUGUUUCUCUCACAGGGUUUACUCACCUGGACCCUACUCCUGUCAGUUCUAGCAGGUUCUGUAUCUUCUCUGCAGACUGUGAAUGGGGCUGAGGGAGGGUCGGUGAAUCUGACAGUGAGUCUAACUCUUCCUCCCCUUGAAAAUCGUCUGGCUAUAUGGACUUCUGCUGUAAAUGGAACGAUUGUUACAGCUCUGGGUAACAGUAUAACUUUCUCGGCUGCUUUCCGAGGGAGAUGUGAACUGCUUCCCGAUUUAACUCUCAGACUGAACAAUCUGACAUUAGCUGAUCAGGGGGAUUACUCUCUGACUGUAUCUAAUACUGCUGGUGGAGCACCGGUAACUGUAACAUUCCGUCUCGCUGUUUACAGUUCUGUAUCUUCUCUGCAGACUGUGAAUGGGGCUGAGGGAGGGUCGGUAAAUCUGACAGUGAGUCUAACUCUUCCUCCACUUGAAAAUCGUCUGGCUAUAUGGACUUCUGCUGUGAAUGGAGCGAUGGUUACAGCUCUGGGUAACAGUAUAACUUAUGCUGCUCCUUGCCAAGGGAGAUGUGAACUGUUUCCCGAUUUAACUCUCCGACUGGACAAUCUGACAUUAGCUGAUCAGGGGGAUUACUCUCUGACUGUAUCUAAUACUGCUGGUGGAGCACCGACAACGGUAACAGUCCGUCUCGCUGUUUACAAGCCUUUUGACAAAAUGCCAACACUUAAUGCUUCUGAAAGCUUUCCUGCUAAUGGCAGCAAUGUGAAUCUUACUUGUAACGCCCCCGAUCAGACUGUGGAGAAUUACACUUUCUAUCGUAACCAAGUGAAUGCCUGCUCUCAGGACCGUGUGACCUGUACUGGGUCUAACCUGACCUUCCAUCCAAUCAUAGAGAGUGAUGAAGGAAACUAUACCUGUACUAUCCAAAACCCCAUAAACAAUAAAACCAGUGAGCCCUAUCUUCUGAAGGUGGAAGUUCCUGUCCAUGAAGUGAUGAUAGGAAGCAACGCUAGCUCUUUGCUCUGGGUUGGAAAGGAUUCUGUAUCUUUAAACUGUUCAGCUCUUGGUACUGAUGUUCAGUUCUCCUGGAAUCUGAAUGGAGCUGCACUACCUUCAGACCCACGCUACAAGGUUACCCAUGAUAGCCUCAUUAUUAGCCCAGUGGAAAGAAAUGACAAUGCAUCAUUUACGUGUAUUGCCAGAAACCGGGUGAAUAAUAUUACCAGCAAAGCCUUGACACUUAGCCUGGCCUGUGAGUAA